CGGUGGCGGCGGCGGCGGCUGGGUAGCGGCAGCAGUGCGGGGCCAUGGUGAAGAUCGGCGUCCAGCAGCCGCCGGCGGCCCUUAAGCCGGAGAAGGAGAAAGCAGCAGCGGGGGGCGAUGGGGCACCGGGCGCCGUGCUGCUGCCCCCGGGCGCCGAGGAGCCAGCUCCCACUGUGCAGGGACGAAGGUCAUCACUCAGUGGGGUGUGCUACCUGACCAUGGGUCUCCUUGUCCUGCUCCUGGGCUUGGUCUUUGCAUCGAUGUAUGUGUACAGAUACUUCUUCAUCACCCAGCUGCCCCGUGAGAGCGUCUUUCACUGCGGUGUGCUGUACGAGGACUCUCUCUAUUCACCAUUCAAAGGGCAGCUGGAGCUGCACGAAGAUGUCAAGAUCUACAUCGAGGAGAACUAUGAGCAAAUCAAUGUCCCAGUGCCCCAGUUUGGUGGCAGCGACCCUGCGGAUAUCAUCCAUGAUUUCCAGCGAGGUCUGACAGCUUACCACGACAUCACGCUGGAUAAGUGCUACGUCAUCGAGCUGAACACCACCAUCGUGAUGCCUCCUCGCAACCUGUGGGAGCUGCUGGUUAACGUGAAGAAGGGGACAUACCUGCCUCAGACAUACAUAAUCCAGGAGGAGAUGAUCGCCACCGAACACGUCAAUGACAUGGAGCAGCUGGGCUCCUUCAUCUACCGCCUCUGCAGCGGCAAGGAGACCUACAGGCUGAAGCGGAGGAGCGCCAGGAGACGUAUCAGUCGACGCGAGGUUGGAAGCUGUCAUCGUAUUCGUCACUUUGAAAACACUUUUGUGGUCGAAACUGUCAUCUGCAAAAAGUCAUGAAACCACUUUCCAGAUGUAACCUUCCUUGGCUUUGCUUGCACACACAUGCACACACAUGCUCUCAACCCUCUCUUUAGACAUGGUAAUCUGUCUUACUUUUUUUACUCCUUCCCCUGCUUGUGCAGCUUUAACCUCUUGGGUCCAUUAUGUCCACACAGUGGAUUCUUUUCUCUCCCUGAUACCUACCUGAUACACUUGCUGGGCUUAAAUUUACACAGUGGUCAAGGAUAACCUGGGAGUAAAUGCAGCUUCUUUCACACAACAGGAUGGGAAUCUCUUUUGGGAGCAGGUUUGAGAUCAAAGGGAUGGCUGAGAAAUAGGAGUGCUGGGAAUAGUUGAUCUUUUCCUGGCUGAGCAAUUUCCAGAUGCACUUAGCUGAAGAAUAGUUGUGAGGCUACAGACAAGGUGAUACAUAAAGCUCAGCAGAAGGAGGGGGUUUGCCUCAACCGUGCUGUGGUGGUCCCAGCUUGCUGUGUCUUGUCCUUCUGAAGACCAGGUUUUCAAGCAUAGAGAGAAACCACUAAGUGUUGUUUUAGUGACCGGCUCCUGAACUCAUCCCCACCAGGUCUCCUGAAGGCGGUAUGGCUCAGCUUGAUCCUCUGAGCAGUGCACAGUAUUCUGAUGGGUGUUCAGGGUGGGCAGGAGGCCAAGGCAAGGGGCAGUGAGGUGGGGUAGGAAUGACAUGAAUGACAAAGCCAAGUGUGAAGUGCAAGGCUGUGUAGCCUCUUCUCUAACACAUGGUUACAGCUGCUGGGGAUCCUGGGCAAACCUGCUGACACUUUGUCCAGUUAAACAAGAGGUGAAUCUUUGAUGCAAGGUACCAGAGCUCCACUGAUGUCCUACCUUUAGGCUGCGAAUGUGGGUGGAGCUGGGUGGUUUACUCCAGUCAUGUGUCCUUCCUAGCCAGCUCUGCUUGCUUGGGAAGAUGAGUUAUGUUCACAUGAGUCUGUCUUCCCAAGCUGUUGAGAUCCCAUCUGCAUGCAGGGGGGUGCCAUGCCUACAUACAGAAUGGUGUCAGCAGCAGAACUGGUAGUUACUGGCAAGUGCAGAAGUGGAUUGUUUAGUCUUUUUUAAAGAGUAUGUAUUCUUCUAUCACUCCCCUGUUGAAAGCUGUCUUGAUCGUAUUUGCUGUAGUCCAGCAGUGUAUCACAUUAUCUUCAGGCACCGUUGUAGUACAGAUAUUGAUACAAGACAAGAUUCAGCUGAUCUAUACACUGCAGAGCAAUUGUGUGAACAAAACUGUGUUUCUAUUGAUCAUCAGACAGAAGAAUUGCAGAGUAAUUAAAUAUUCUUCCCUCUGUUCCAUAAAUACAGUUAAAACUAAUUAGGUUCUUGAAAUGCAGGCAGUUUUUUGGCUUGAAAGAAUGGGGUGAGUUUCAACUUGGCACAUUCUUUUUAACUGGUUUCCAGCAAAUCUGGACUUGUUCACCAUCUGUUGAAACGAGCUUGUUGUUUGAGAAGAGGAAGGAUAAAAUAAAUGCAAGUACAAUCAUUAACUCAGCAGAACCAAAAAAAGUUGAUGUAUUUUAGAAGGUAACUUUUGAAUAACAAUAGUAGGAUUUCAUUAUGUGAGAAUUAAACAAGAUCUCAGACUGGUGAUGGAAUGCAAUAGGAAUUAGUGUGUCCUUAGUGGCUGAGAAUUGUUUUUUAUAUAUAUAAACAUAGCCAACUAUAAACAUUAAGUUCUAACAGGUAGAGGAGGAUGCUGUGGUUUCAUUCCGCUUUAAGCUUCAUGUACAACGAAGAGUUGUGUGUGCUUCACGCAGGUCAGUAGGGAGAAUGUCCCACUGACAGAGGGGUAUUUGCUUUUCUAGCAUUUUGUGUUUCCAGCAGUAACUUGCUGCUAGCCCUGACCUUUCAUUGUGGAGCAGAUGACAAGAAGAGGGUCAGAGAAUUCUUUACUUAAUGGAAGUGUCACAAACUGGUAAUUUUAAGCCCUGCGUUUCUAUUGAUUUCUAGGAACCUAAGCCUGCACCCAGGUGAGCACACAGAUCUUUUUCCCCUUCCUUCUGAUUCUGCAUGAAUUAACUGGCAUUGAAUAUGCUAACUCUGUGCAAUCCCCCAGCUAUAAGGACAAACCUUGGCUCUUUCGGGUGAACUAAUGUGGUCAUUGUUUCAUAAGAUGAGAAUGCAGUUGUCUAGAAAGAAAACAUAAGAUGCUUUGUAUAUUUUGUCUGGUAGGACUCUUACUUCUUAGGAAAAAUCUAUGGGAUAAUAAAAUCUUUUACCUCUAA